CUGUCCUGGAUAAUGAGAGACUCACUGCGGAGGAGAUGGAUGAAAGGAGGCGGCAGAAUGUGGCUUAUGAAUACCUUUGUCACUUGGAAGAAGCCAAAAGGUGGAUGGAAGCAUGCCUGGGGGAAGACCUGCCUCCCACCACGGAGCUGGAGGAGGGCCUUCGGAACGGGGUCUACCUCGCCAAACUCGGGAACUUCUUCUCUCCCAAAGUGGUGUCCCUGAAGAAAAUCUACGACCGGGAGCAGACCAGAUACAAGGCGACUGGCCUCCACUUCCGGCACACGGAUAAUGUGAUUCAGUGGUUGAAUGCCAUGGACGAGAUUGGCUUGCCUAAGAUUUUUUACCCAGAAACCACAGAUAUCUAUGACCGAAAGAACAUGCCUCGAUGUAUCUAUUGUAUCCAUGCACUCAGUUUGUACCUGUUCAAACUAGGCCUGGCUCCUCAGAUUCAGGACCUGUAUGGAAAGGUUGACUUCACGGAAGAAGAAAUCAACAACAUGAAGAUUGAGCUGGAGAAGUACGGGAUCCAGAUGCCUGCCUUCAGCAAGAUCGGGGGCAUCCUGGCCAACGAACUCUCCGUGGACGAAGCUGCACUACAUGCUGCCGUUAUCGCUAUUAACGAAGCUGUGGACCGUAGAAUUCCCGCUGACACAUUUGCGGCUUUGAAAAACCCCAACGCCAUGCUUGUCAAUCUUGAAGAGUCCUUGGCUUCCACCUACCAGGACGUCCUCUACCAGGCCAAGCACGACAAAACGACAAAUGCCAGAAACAGGACAGAAAACUCUGAGAGAGAGAGGGACGUUUAUGAGGAGCUGCUCACUCAAGCGGAAAUUCAAGGCAACGUGAACAAAGUCAACACGUUUUCUGCGUUAGCAAACGUGAACCUGGCUUUGGAUCAGGGAAGCGCCCUGGCCCUGUUCCGGAUUCUGCAGUCCCCAGCGCUGGGCCUCCGGGGGCUGCAGCAGCAGAACAGCGACUGGUACCUGAAGCAGCUCCUGAGCGACAGGCAGCAGAAGAGACAGAGUGGCCAGGCGGAUGCCCUGCAGAAGGAGGAACUCCAGGCUGCGGUGGAUGCCGCCAACAGUGCCGCCCAGCAGUACCAGAGAAGGCUGGCAGCCGUGGCGGCCAUCAACGCUGCCAUCCAGAAGGGCGUGGCUGAGAAGACUGUCCUGGAACUGAUGAACCCCGAAGCCCAGCUGCCCCAGGUGUAUCCAUUUGCUGCUGAUCUUUAUCAGAAGGAGCUGGCCACGCUGCAGCAGCAGAGUCCUGAACAUAGCCUCACCCACCCCGAGCUCUCCGUGGCAGUGGAGAUGCUGUCGUCCGUGGCCCUCAUCAACAGGGCCCUGGAGUCGGGAGACAUGAACACGGUGUGGAAGCAGCUGAGCAGUUCCGUGACCGGCCUGACCAACAUCGAGGAGGAGAACUGUCAGAGGUAUCUCGAUGAGCUGAUGAAGCUGAGAGACCAGGCACAUGCAGAGAAGAACGAGUUUAUUACGUGGAACGACAUCCAGGCUUGUGUGGACCACGUGAAUCUGGUGGUGCAGGAGGAGCACGAGAGGAUUUUAGCCAUCGGCUUAAUUAACGAAGCCCUGGACGAAGGAGAUGCCCAAAAGACCCUGCAGGCCCUGCAGAUUCCUGCAGCCAAACUGGAGGGCGUCCUGGCAGGAGUGGCCCAGCAUUACCAAGACACGCUGAUCCGAGCAAAGAGAGAGAAAGCCCAGGAAACCCAGGAUGAGUCCGCUGUGUUAUGGUUGGAUGAAAUUCAAGGUGGAAUCUGGCAGUCCAACAAAGACACCCAGGAAGCACAGAGGUUUGCCGUAGGAAUCUUUGCCAUUAACGAGGCCGUGCAGAGUGGCGAUGUCGGUAAAACGCUGAGUGCCCUUCGUUCCCCGGAUGUCAGCCUGUACGGAGUCAUCCCUGAGUGUUGUGAAACGUACCAGAGUGACCUCGCAGAAGCCAGGAAGAAAAAGCUGGCAGCAGGCGACAACAACAGCAAGUGGGUGAAGCACUGGGUGAAAGGCGGAUAUUAUUAUUACCACAACCUGGACACGCAGGAAGGAGGAUGGGAUGAGCCCCCAGGCUUUGUGCAGAACUCCACGCAGCUCUCGCGGGAGGAGAUCCAGAGUUCCAUCUCCGGGGUGACGACUGCGUAUAACCGAGAGCAGCUCUGGCUGGCCAACGAGGGCUUGAUCACCAAGUUGCAGGCUUGUUGCCGCGGGUACCUCGUCCGACAGGAGUUCCGUUCCAGGUUGAAUUUCCUGAAGAAACAAAUUCCCGCCAUCACCUGCAUCCAGUCGCAGUGGAGAGGAUACAAGCAGAAGAAGGCCUAUCAGGACCGUCUAGCGUACCUGCGCUCCCAUAAAGAUGAAGUCGUGAAGAUCCAGUCCCUGGCGAGGAUGCAUCAGGCGAGAAAGCGCUAUAGAGAUCGCCUGCAGUACUUCCGAGAUCACAUAAAUGACAUUGUCAAAAUCCAGGCUUUUAUUCGGGCAAACAAAGCUCGCGACGACUACAAGACUCUCAUCAAUGCCGAGGACCCGCCGAUGAUCGUGGUGCGGAAGUUUGUCCACCUGCUCGACCAGAGUGACCAGGAUUUCCAGGAGGAGCUGGAUCUCAUGAAGAUGCGGGAGGAGGUCAUCACCCUCAUUCGUUCCAACCAGCAGCUGGAGAACGACCUCAACCUCAUGGAUAUCAAAAUCGGACUGCUGGUGAAAAACAAGAUCACGCUGCAGGAUGUGGUUUCCCACAGUAAAAAACUUACCAAAAAAAAUAAGGAACAGUUGUCUGAUAUGAUGAUGCUAAAUAAACAGAAGGGAGGUCUCAAGGCUUUGAGCAAGGAGAAGAGAGAGAAAUUGGAAGCUUAUCAGCACCUGUUUUAUUUAUUGCAGACCAACCCCACCUAUCUGGCCAAGCUGAUUUUUCAGAUGCCCCAGAACAAGUCCACCAAGUUCAUGGACUCGGUGAUCUUUACCCUCUACAACUACGCCUCCAACCAGCGGGAGGAGUACCUGCUGCUGCGGCUCUUCAAGACGGCGCUCCAGGAGGAGAUCAAGUCAAAAGUGGACCAGAUUCAAGAGAUCGUGACAGGAAACCCUACCGUUAUUAAGAUGGUUGUCAGUUUCAACCGUGGCGCUCGGGGUCAGAACGCCCUGCGGCAGAUCUUGGCCCCGGUCGUGAAGGAGAUUAUGGACGACAAAUCCCUCAACAUCAAAACCGACCCCGUGGAUAUCUACAAGUCGUGGGUUAAUCAGAUGGAGUCUCAGACAGGAGAGGCAAGCAAACUCCCCUAUGACGUGACUCCCGAGCAGGCUCUGGCUCACGAGGAGGUCAAGACACGUCUCGACAACUCCAUCAGGAACAUGCGCGCUGUGACAGACAAGUUCCUCUCCGCCAUCAUCAGUUCCGUGGACAAAAUCCCCUACGGGAUGCGCUUCAUCGCCAAAGUGCUGAAGGACUCGCUACAUGAGAAGUUCCCCGAUGCUGGUGAGGAUGAGCUGCUGAAGAUCAUUGGUAACCUGCUGUACUAUCGAUACAUGAAUCCAGCCAUUGUUGCUCCGGAUGCCUUUGACAUCAUCGACCUGUCGGCCGGAGGCCAGCUCACCACCGACCAGCGCCGCAACCUCGGCUCCAUUGCCAAGAUGCUCCAGCACGCGGCUUCCAACAAGAUGUUCCUGGGAGAUAACGCUCACUUAAGCAUCAUUAACGAGUACCUCUCCCAGUCCUACCAGAAAUUCAGGAGGUUUUUCCAAACUGCUUGCGACGUCCCAGAGCUGCAGGAUAAGUUUAAUGUGGACGAAUACUCCGACCUCGUGACCCUCACCAAGCCCGUGAUCUACAUCUCCAUCGGGGAAAUCAUCAACACCCACACGCUCCUGCUAGAUCACCAGGACGCCAUUGCCCCGGAGCACAAUGACCCGAUCCAUGAGCUGCUGGAUGACCUUGGCGAGGUGCCCACCAUCGAGUCCCUGAUAGGAGAAGGCGCUGGCAGUUUAAACGACCCCAAUAAGGAGGCGCUGGCUAAGACGGAAGUGUCUCUCACACUGACCAACAAGUUCGACGUGCCUGGGGACGAGAACGCGGAAAUGGACGCGCGGACCAUCUUACUGAACACAAAGCGUUUAAUUGUGGACGUCAUCCGGUUCCAGCCAGGGGAGACCUUGACUGAAAUCCUGGAAACACCAGCCACCAGCGAACAGGAAGCAGAGCAUCAGAGGGCCAUGCAGAGACGCGCGAUCCGUGACGCCAAAACGCCUGACAAGAUGAAAAAGUCCAAAUCAGUCAAGGAAGACAGCAACCUGAGCCUGCAGGAGAAGAAGGACAAGAUCCAGGCGGGCUUGAAGAAGCUCACGGAGCUGGGGACCGUGAACCCGAAGAACCGGUACCAGGAGCUGAUCAACGACAUCGCCAGGGAUAUCCGGAAUCAGCGGAGAUACCGGCAGAGGAGGAAGGCCGAGCUGGUGAAACUGCAGCAAACGUAUGCUGCUCUGAACUCCAAGGCCACGUUCUACGGAGAGCAGGUGGAUUACUACAAAAGCUACAUCAAAACCUGCCUGGACAACCUGGCCAGCAGGGGCAAGGUCUCCAAGAAGCCGAGGGAAAUGAAAGGAAAGAAAAGCAAAAAGAUUUCUCUGAAAUACACGGCGGCGCGAUUACAUGAAAAGGGGGUUCUUCUGGAAAUCGAGGACCUACAAGUGAAUCAGUUUAAAAAUGUUAUCUUUGAAAUCGCUCCAACAGAAGAAGUGGGAGACUUUGAAGUGAAAGCCAAGUUCAUGGGAGUUCAGAUGGAGACGUUCAUGUUACAUUACCAGGUGGGUGUGCACCAGGUGGGGCUGGAAGCUCUGCGGCUGGGGUGGUCGUGUUCUCGUCCAGGGCGGAGACACGGUAGACAGGAGGCCCACGUGGAGAAGGCGUUCCGGGCAUGGUGGUGAGCUGGGCUCGCACUG